AUGGGUUAUGCUGAAUUGGCAGCAUUGGGGAAGGAGAUAAUCUGGGAUCUUAUUGUAAUGUGGAGCAACAUCGUGAAGGGAGGGUCAGACUUUGGUCAGGUUGAAGAGGAUAAAGGAGUGAGUGAAGAAGAUUUGAUUAACCUUACUAUUCUAGGAAAAUUCCUGGACAUUGAAGAGGAUUUCUUUGAAAGGUUGAGGAAGAUUAAACACGGGAAAGUCCAAUGA